AUGCUAUUCAAGGACGGGACUCAGCAUAUCAUGAAGCUUGCCCUCGCCAGCCGACAAGACAGCCCACGGCUUCGGUUUACCAGUAAUGGCACCUUCCAGAUCUCAGUCUUCAGUGAUCUCCACUUUGCCGAAAGUGCAACACUUGAUUUAAAGACGCAGAAUGUCAUGUCAGAGGUACUGACAAGUGAAAGUCCACAGUUGGUAGUUCUGAAUGGAGACUUGAUAUCCGGCGAAGCUGUGAAUGGCUCAAAUCCAGGCCAAUAUCUCCAUGAAGUUGUGAAACCUGUAGUGGACAAGGACCUACCAUGGGCAUCAACUUAUGGUAAUCAUGACAGCAAUGUCAAUUUGGACCCGAUGCUGGACAUAUACAACCACGAGAUAAAAUAUCGAAACAGCCUGACAACAAGCAUGCUAUCAUCACCUAACUCUGGGAUUACGAAUUACUACUUGCCGGUGUAUCCACAUCAAGGAUCAGAUGAAGCCCCUGCGCUGAUUUUGUGGUUCUUUGAUUCCAGAGGAGGUCAUUAUGCAACAAACAGAGUCAGAAAUGACCUUUCUGGUGCGAGAGGUGACUGGGUGAAUACAGCGGUGAGAGAAUGGUUUACGAAUCAAAAUGCGAAUUUGACUGCAAAAUAUGGCAAAGUCAUUCCUUCGCUUUCCUUUUACCAUAUCCCUGCACAUGCCAUGCUCAGAUAUCAAGACGACGGCGUUAACCGCCGAACUACGCCUGGUAUCAACGGCGAAGUUGUGGUGUCACAAGGGUCCGGCGACACUGAGUACUCCGGGCAGGACAGUCAGUUUAUGCGAGCUCUUCUCGAUACUCCCGGAUUGAUAGCAACGUUCAGUGGCCAUGAUCACGAUAAUGACUGGUGUUUCAAAUGGAAUGGCAGCAUUGUCGAUCAGAAUCUUACUGGCAAUGGUCUCAAUAUGUGCUACGGUCGACACACUGGCUAUGGAGGAUAUGGUGAUGCACUUCGCGGUGGACGCCAGAUACUUCUAAACCAGGAAGCCAUGGAGAAGGAGAUAGAAACAUGGAUUCGUCUGGAAGAUAAUACGACCUCGGCCGCAGUCACACUCAACGCAACAUAUGGUCAGGAUCAAUACAGAGAGGUGACAGUAAGAUCGAUGCGGGCUUCAAACAUUGCCAGCAGUCAUCAAGGGUCUGUUUUGCUCCCCUUUGUUGUACUGUGGAUAUUCUUUCAGGCAUUUUUUCAUUUAAAAAGUUUAUAG